AUGAAGUGGUGGGUGGGCUCUCGUCACCGUUCGUCGAUGGUGGCGGUCACUGGGCACUCGUGUGGCUGGGCCCUCGUGUUGUCGGGUCGUCGUGGUGGUAGCUCAAGAAGUGGUGGGUGGGCGCUCGUCACUGUUCGCUUGGGCGCUUGUGUGCUCGUGUUGUUGGGCGCUCGUGUGCUCAUGUGGCUGGGCCCUCGUGUAGCCGGCGUUGUCACGUUCGUUGGUGGUCAUGGUGGUGGCUGUCGGCGAAGUCGACAACGACGCCGUCGUGGCUUGACGAAAGAAGGCCAUGUCACAAGAUGUGACCUGACUAGAUGUGACUUGGGCGUCGUGUUCAAACAAGGCGCUCCCUUGAGGGAGCUGGUUCCUGAUGCACGAAAAGGAUGGAAUCUUUUUUGUGAAGCAGAAAAAGGCCCUGUGCAUAGACUAGAAUCCGAAGAGAGUUUCUCAAUCUCUAUUGACAAGACAACUGCAGCACUCCAUGAUUUUCUGUCAUCACAUUCAUGCCAACUCAAGAACUUACUGACAAUUCUGCUAGAAAUCUGUUUAAUUGGUUAUGGCCGAAGAUCCUCCAAAUUCAACUUCACCGGCGUCGACCGAUUCAUUGAAUUUUGGAACAACCACAAAAUUAUCGCGCAACCGGACAAAACCAACAUGUCAGGAGCAACACCGAGACAUACCUUCACCGUUCCAGCAUCGUCUGAGCCGUAA